AUGUCAGCUUUGAGAGCAACCAAGGUACCUUUUUUUCAAUUUUUAUAAAAAAAUACCUUUUUAUUUCUUUUUUUAAAAAGUUUUUUUGUAGCUAAAUGAAGAAUAAAAAAAUAAUGGAUGAAAAAAAUUGGAAUUUUUCUAAAAAUUUUUUUAGUUGCUCAUGUUAAAUAAUUAAAUUUUUUUCAAUAUUUGAAAGGUUAUCAAAAAGUUGUCGCUAACAAGUGUUAACCUCACUUUGAGGGCCUGACUGCUUUGGUAACUGGCGGAGCUUCUGGCCUAGGCCGAGGUACAGUGGAGACUCUGGCCAGAGCCGGAGCCAACGUCGCCAUUUUGGACCUGCCGCAAUCGAAAGGCGCCGAGGUGGCCAAGGAAAUCGGAGGAAACGUCAUUUUCACUCCGGCAAAUGUGAGCUUCAUCUGAAGAUGCGAGCCGACGUCGUCGUCUUCAGGUGACGUCAGAGGCCGAGGUGAAGGCGGCCUUCGACCAAGUCAAGACUUCGUUCGGCCGCGUCGACGCCGUCGUCAACUGCGCCGGCAUCGCCUACGCCUUCAAACUCUACUCGAUCAGCAAAAAGAAAAUGGCCGACCUCGACAAAAUUCAGAAAACUCUCGAUGUAAGCCGCCUUUUGCGAAGUUGAAAGAAACGCUUAUAAAUGGGAAGGAAACUAUUUAUUAUUUCAUUCAAAAGUAUGAAGUUUUCUAAAAAUUGCAUGAAGUGAAGGUUUUUGUUGAACUAAUAUAGAAAUAAAAUCGAGUGUCGUUUUUUUUAAAAUUGAUAUUGGAAGUGUUUCAGUAUAAAAAAAUUUGUUAAAAAUUAUUUUAGACAAUUCAUAGAUUUUUCCCCUUUUAAUCUAAAUAUCAACUCCAUACUUCUGGACGAUUUCCAUUUUAAAGAUGCUUGAAACUAAUAAUAAGAAAGAGUGAUCAAAAACUAGGGAACAUUUGAAAAGCAAACCGACUUACCCAUUUUUUUCUGAAUGCGGACUUCAAGCCCCGAAUUAAACUUUCGGCUAAGGUUUAGCUGGGAAGAUUUUCACGGAGAGGCUUCAGGUGAACGUGAUCGGCUCGUUCAACGUGAUCCGUCACGGAGUGGCGCUGAUGUGUGAACACGAGAAGGACGAGCAAGGCCAGCGCGGAGUGAUCAUCAGCACGGCUUCGGUGGCGGCGUUCGACGGCCAGACGGGACAGGUAGGAGCUGGACGAGGUCCGUACAACCGAGCCUCGUUUCAAGUCGGCCUAUUCUGCGUCGAAAGGAGCCAUCACCGCGAUGACGUUGCCACUUGCGCGCGACUUCGCCGACGACGGCAUUCGGUUCAUGGCCAUAGCUCCUGGCCUUUUCGACACUCCUCUUCUGGCUUCCCUUCCUGAAAAGGUGGGGAGAACUUCUUAAAUCUAUUCAGAGUAAAUUUUCAUCGAAGUCAUUUCGAGAAGCGUGAUUUAAUGUUUUUCUAUAACCAAGAAAAAUGGUUUGGGGCAAAAAAAAAUUCACUCGCUCAAGAUUUCAAGCUAUUAUAAAAGCUAGGUAGAAUUUUUUUUUUUGUGAAAAGGUCAGAUCGAUAGGUUCAUAGGAUUGCCAGCGCACUGGAUCUCAUUAGAAUGAGAAUGCCGUACCACAAGUACUCUUAUAUUUGAAAGAUCCACUCUAUCUUUUAUGUCGAGCACGCUCAUAUGAAUGGGCUGUGUUAAUUUGAAGUUGAAGGUUGUAGUUGAACACGUUGUUGUUUCAGGUGCGAACGUUCCUCUCGCAGUUGGUGCCGAAUCCUUCGCGGAUGGGCGGUCCACAGGAGUACGGCGCCCUUGUGCAGCACAUCAUCCAGAACGGCUACCUCAACGGAGAGACGAUCCGUCUCGACGGAGCUCUUCGUAUGCCUCCGUAA